CUUUGCUCCUGUCUCUGGGAAGGGGUUGCUCGGCUGUGCUGUCGCGAUGUCUUUUCGACUUUCUGGUGGAUCCAGGCGGAUCUGCUCACGAACUGGGUCUGCUAGGCUGUCUGGUGGAGGAACUGGCUUUGUGGCUGGGAAUGCGUGUGUUGGGUCGGGAGCAGGGAGCAGCUUUUCUUGUACUCUUGGGGGCAUUUCUUCUGCAGGAAGCUUCUGCAAUAGUGGUGGAGGGUUAGGAAGUGGUGCCUGUGCUGGUUUUCUUGGCAUUGAGCACAGCCUCCUCUCUGGGAAUGAAAAGGUGACCAUGCAGAAUCUCAACGACCGCCUUGCAUCCUACCUGGACCACGUGCGUGCCCUGGAGGAGGCCAAUGCAGACCUGGAGCAGAAGAUCAACGGUUGGUACCAGAAAUGUGAGCCUGGCUCUUCCCGGAGACAUGAUCAUGACCAUAGCAGAUACUUCUCAGUCAUCGAAGAUCUUGAAAGGCAGAUUAUUUCUGCGACCACCUGCAACACCAGCAUUGUUCUACAAAAUGACAAUGCCAGACUUACCGCUGAUGACUUCAGGCUGAAGUAUGAAAAUGAGCUGGCUUUGCACCACAGCGUUGAAGCCGACACCAAUGGUCUUCGCAGAGUGUUGGAUGAGCUGACCCUUUGUACAACCGACCUGGAGAUACAGUGUGAGACCCUCAGUGAGGAACUGACUUACCUCAAAAAAAAUCACGAGGAGGAAAUGACAGUCCUGCAAUGUACAGCUGGGGGGAAUGUGAAUGUGGAGAUGAAUGCAGCCCCGGGAGUGGACCUAACUGUCCUGUUGAACAACAUGAGGGCUGAGUAUGAGGACUUGGCUGAGCAGAACCGCAAAGACGCGGAAGCCUGGUUCAACGAGAGGAGUGCAACGCUGCAACAACAGAUUUCUGAUCAUGAGGGAGCAGCCACAGCAGCCAGAAAUGAGCUGACCGAAUUGAAACGCAAUCUGCAAACCCUGGAAAUAGAACUUCAGUCCCUCAUGGCUAUGAAAUAUUCCUAUGAAUGCUCAUUGGCUGAGACUGAAGGAAAUUACUGCAAUCAACUCCAGCAAAUUCAGGAUCAGAUCGGGGCAAUGGAGGAACAGCUGCAACAGAUUCGAACAGAAACAGAGGGCCAGAAGCUGGAGUAUGAACAGCUUCUUGAUGUAAAAAUAUUUUUAGAAAAAGAAAUUGAAAUUUAUUGCAACUUACUAGAUGGAGAAGAAAGAAAAGGCAAAUCCACGUGUUACACAUCAAAAGGAUAUGAACCUGUGAAUUCUAGAAAUCAAGCCAAAGACUCAACAGAAGAAACUAUUGUCAAAACAGUGGUUGAGGAACUGAAUCAAAUUGGCAAUGUCCUUUCACUGAGAGUCCACUCAGUUGAAGAAAAGUCUUCUAAGAUAAGCAACAUUACGAUGGAACAACGAGUACCUUCUAAAGUACCAUAAAGAGGAAAAAGUUAUGAAAACAGAAAAAAGGAAAGAAAUAAAGGAAGAAAGAAAAAGAAAGAAAGAAAGAAGAAGAAAAGAAAGAAAGACUGCCUUUGCAAAAAUCCUACUGGUCAAAUAACUUAAGGAAAUUAUUCAUUUCUGUUCUUCAGAAUAAAAGGGCUAGAAUUUGUUCUCUUUCUCUUCCUUUUCUCAUGUUCUAUGCAUGUAAUCCUCUUCCAGAGAAGAAAAAUCCUGCUCUGUGCCUAAUUUUUGUUUUUAUUUUGGAGACCUUUUCUGACAUUUCAUUAAAACUUCUUCUGUUGCAAGUUA